AUGAAAAGUACUAUUCGAGAUCUUCAAGAUGACAUACGUUCCGCAAAAGUGAACUCGACCGACUUGAGAACACUUCUUUACAAUCUCGACGGCGAUGUAGAUAAACUAAACCGACAGUGUUCGACCUCGUUCGAAACCCUCCGCCGAGGCGUUGACCUCUUCCGCGAAUCUAUUUCUGCUCAACUAUUCCACGUCAAUCAGACAGUUAUACGCUUGGAAUCAGGAAAUGAGGAUUCUCGCGCUGAUCGAAUUGCAGAACUGAAUGCCCUUGUUACUACACAAGGUGAAGACUGCCAAAACAGAUUUAACAGAUUGAACGAUAAAGUUAUUUCUAAUACAAACUCACUUGAAAAUUUCCGCCGGGAGAUUCGAAGCUGGACGACGAAACUUAUCUCGAUCGUUGAUGACUUCGACAAGAUAGGAAAGUCCAUUUCUGAUCUUUUUGAGAUGCGUGAUGUUCUUGCGACGCGUGUGGAGACAAACGAGCAACAAAUCACGGCUCUUCAAAGUUCAAGCAGAAACUCCAUGUCAGCAACGGACGAAGCUAUUGAGUUCGAUGAAUACGUCCGAAUGGAUCAGCUCUUGCAGGAUUUGCAUGACCUUCGCCAUGACGUUCAGGCGACAUUAUCGACGCAACUAGACAAACUCUCCAGCGAUUUCACGGAUUUAUUGAAAGAGUCGAAUGCAGACGCUUUUAAUAAUGCUGACCAGAUCAAAUCAGAAGUCGGCCGGGACCUGCAGGAGAUUAAAAUUAUCAAUAACGAGCAGAUCGCAGCGCUAACAAGCGAGUUCAACUCGAAGAUCGACUCUACUUUGAAACUUAUUGAGAGCUAUGCCAAGAGUAACGGCUUUGACGAUUCCAUUUCCGAUGAUUACGAUCAGUCUGAGACAGAACAAGGACACAAUCUAGGAGAGAAAAUCGAGCGAAUGGAAUAUCAAAUCGACCAGCUUGUCAACGAAGUAGAUGAUUUAACAGGCAACAUCACUAGUCGGGAGUAUCUGGCCGAGGUCCUGGAUUCAGUCACUACUCUUAAACUGCAAAUGGAGAGACUCGAGACUGAGGAAAAAACGCAAAUCGAUGGAAUAAAGCUUGAAAUCGACAAACUAAUUCCCGAUGUGAUGGAGCCGAUUGGAAAGCUCGACUCGAGGAUGAAGAAUAUCGCUUUGGGCUAUAAAUGA